AAGCCGACAGUAGCGACCGACGCGCAGCACUGCAUCGAGAACGUCGGUUAAACGUUUGUACACAAAAAGCAGACGACAUUCAGUACCCGCGGCAUCAGUCUGCCAAACACAACGUACAGAACGGUAAACAUGUUAAAAACCGAGAGCAAGGAUACGAAAAAACCCUACGACAUGGCCUACAACGGCCACACGUCGACCCUUAAAGCUCUUCUCGAGCAGGACGAUCAGCUUUACAAACGUCCAGACGAGAACGACAGAUUAUUGCUGCACUGGGCGGCCCUCGGAGGUCACGAGGACAUCGUGACUCAUCUCAUCUCGCUCGGCUCGCCCAUCGAUCACGAGGACGACAUGAAGUUCACACCACUCAUACUGGCUGCGACCAGUGGCAGGGACAAGAUCGUGAAAAUUCUACUGAAUGAGGGCGCCAACGUUGAAGCGCGCAACUUCGGCGGCCACUCGGCCCUGCAGUACGCCGCCUCGAAGAACUGGAAAGCCGUCCUGGUGCUGCUGCUGGCCAAGGGUGCCGACGUCAAUGUGGCCGACAAACGAGGCGCGACUCCGCUUCAUCGGGCCGCGUCCAAGGGUAACGCAGAGAUCGUUAGGCUGCUGCUCGAGGAGGAUAAGAUAGUGAUCGACAAGCAAGACGCUUACGGCAACACACCUCUGCACCUGGCCUGCGAGGAGGAGCGCCUCGACGAGGCCGCCCUACUGAUUAAAGCCGGCGCGAGCCUGACGGUCAAGAACAAGGAGGAGAAGACGCCGCUGGAUUUCUGCAAGACCAGGGCGGUGGCGCAGAGACUGCAGGCGAUAGCCGACGAGAGAGACGAAGAGAAAGAGAGUAGUAACAAAUAAACGAACGCAACGCACUUUUGAUAUUUAUUUUUUUGUUGAAAACUUGAUUUUUUUUUCUGUAUUCUUUAUUAUAAUAAUCUUCAUUUAUUCUUUUUUUUUUAUUAUUAUAUCUUCAAUCGUCAUAUGUAAAAUCUGGCGCGCGCGUGCACUCGCGUGUCUCGUCGAUAUCUUCGCCUAAUUGUGUAAUGAUAAUUAUUUAUUAUUUAUGUAUAAUAAAAAAUAAAACGUAUAUCAAAGUA